AUGGAAUAUUUUCAUUACUAUCGUAGUUGGAUGUACGAUAGAACGUAUCCAGGAAGACGUGGACUUAAACCGAACUUUGAGGAAGGAGUUAAAGGGUUUAUCACAUGGGCUUUCGCUCAAGAAUGUUGUCUAAGCGAAGGAGGAGUAAGAUGUCCUUGUCUAAAAUGUGAAUGUAGACCUAUAAUUAGUGACCCGGAGGAAGUAGAACGUCAUUUGAAGAGAAGGGGUUUCAUUAAAAAUUACUGGGUUUGGACAUAUAAUGGAGAACAGUUGCCGAGUAAUGUACAAAGGACUACGACUACACAUGCUUCUAGCAGUCGAUCACAUAUGGAACACCGGGAAGAAUUUAGUUUGAUCAGUGACAUGGUUGGCGAUGCUUUUGGGGUUAACGUGACCUAUGAUGAACCUCAAGACUUCGAUCAGGAAGAGUUGCCGAAUGAGGAAGCUCAAAAAUUUUAUCAAUUGUUGCAAGAAAUGAAUACGCCGUUGUUUGAAGGGUCGUCAGACUCAAAAUUAUCGAUGUGUGUGAGAUUAUUGGCCGCCAAGUCCAAUUGGAAUGUUCCUGACCAGUGUUUGGAAUUCUUUGCAAAAAUGAUGUUGGACGCAACUCCUACGAAAGACAACCUUCCCACAAGUUUUUAUGAUGCAAAGAGGUUGGUGUCGAAAUUGGGUUUAGAGGUAAGAAAGAUUGACUGUUGCACUAAUGGUUGCAUGUUGUUUUACGAUAAUGAGUUUGGUACUAAUGAUGGAUCGUUGGAGGAAUGUAAGUUUUGUAAGAGUCCGAGAUACAAAGUUCGCAGUAAAGCCAUUAACCGUAAGCAAAAACAUGUGGCAGUGAAGUCCAUGUUUUAUCUGCCGAUCAUACCAAGGUUAAAAAGAAUGUUUGCUUCAAUGCAUAGUGCAAGUCAAAUGACAUGGCAUCAUACAAACCAAACAAGUUCGGGCACAAUGCGACAUCCAUCUGAUGGUGCGGCAUGGAAGCACUUCGAUAUGAUACAUCCUGAUUUUGCAGCAGAACCUAGAAAUGUCAGACUUGGACUAUGCUCUGAUGGUUUUACUCCAUAUGUCCAAGCGUCUGGAAGUGGAUAUUCUUGUUGGCCAGUUAUUGUUACCCCUUACAACCUCCCUCCUGAGAUGUGCAUGACAAAACCAUACAUGUUUUUGACUUGCCUCAUUCCAGGUCCAAAGAGUCCAAAAGCUGGAAUAGAUGUGUAUUUACAACCUUUAAUUGAUGAUUUGAAGAGGUUAUGGAUUGGAGAAUGGACUUAUGAUAUAUCUUGCAAACAAAACUUUACUAUGCGAGCAGCCUUGAUGUGGACUAUAAACGACUUUCCCGCAUAUGGCAUGUUGUCCGGUUGGGGGACACAUGGAAAAAUGGGAUGCCCGCAUUGCAUGGAACACUCUCAUGCGUUCACGUUGGAAAAAGGGGGGAAAAGUUCGUGGUUUGACUGUCACCGCAGAUUCCUACCGAAAGAUCAUGUCUUUCGAAUAAAUAAGAAUGACUUCAAAAAAGCAUAA